UUAAUUAGGCUACUAAAUGUCUAAAUCAACCAGAAUUAACAUUUAACAACUCAACAAACAAAAGAUCUCGGAAAGUUUAAAAUUAGAAAAAUGGGAGAAAAGAAAGGAAGCCGAUCCCAUUCCCCAAUCAAUCCUCUCUCCCUCUUUGUCCAUUUACAAAGGCAAUCUCUGUCUCCUCCAGCAGGCACCCCAUCCUUCCUUCUUCUCCCUCCCCUGCCCUCCGCCCAAACACACAAGAGAAGCAAAAAUGGCGCCCUCCUCUGCAGCUCCCCAAUCAUCCCGAGAGCAGCAGACACUAGUAUUACUCAUCUCUCUGCUUCUUCUACUAGCUUCCCAAACCCAGGUAGCGUUCUCUGCUCUGAUACUGAGCUACAGAAAUCACCACCGGCAGCAGCACAACACCCUACUCCCCAGGAUCCAGACCAACCGAACUGGCUGCGCAUUGUUCGAAGGCAGCUGGGUCCGCGACGAUUCUUACCCGGUCUACUCUUCCUCCACUUGCUCCUUCAUCGACCCUAAUUUCAACUGCCAGGUCUACGGCCGCCCAGAUUUCACUUACCCCAAGUAUCGCUGGAAGCCCCUCAGCUGCGAGCUCCCCAGGUUUGAUGGGCAGCAGUUUCUGCAGAGGAUGAGUGGGAAGAGCUUGAUGUUCGUUGGCGAUUCGAUUUCGCGUAAUCAGUUUGAAUCGUUGAUUUGUAUGAUUAUGGCGUCGCUGCCUCGGACGACGACUCAGUUGAACGGCGGCGACCCUCUGUCCUCUGUCAAGUUCUUGGAAUAUGAUGUUACGAUCUCAUUUUACAAGUCACCAUAUUUGGUAGACAUAGUUGAGGAGCAAGGGAAGAGAGUUCUAAAGCUGGACCAAAUCUCCAACAACGCUGCCGUCUGGCGCAACGCCGAUGUUCUGUCCUUCAACACUGGCCAUUGGUGGAAUCAUCAAGGUCAACUUCAAGGAUGGGAAUACAUGGAAACUGGAGGCACAUAUUACAAAGACAUGGAUCGCUUGACUGCAAUGGAGAAAGCUAUGAGGGCAUGGGGUAACUGGGUUGAUACCCACUUUGAACGAUCCAAUACCCGUGUCUUCUUCCUCUCCACUUCUCCAACCCACUAUGACCCUAGCUUGUGGAGUGCCGGAGCAACCGCUGCAACGAAGAACUGUUACGGGGAGACAUCCCCGGUGAGCGGAACAACAUACCCAGGAGCGUUCCCAGAUCAAUUGAAGGUUGUGGAGGAAGUGAUCCAGGAAAUGCGGAGGCCAGCAUACCUGCUAGACAUUACAAUGCUCUCAGGUCUAAGGAAAGAUGCUCAUCCUUCGAUCUACAGCGGCGAUUUAAGCCCCCAGCAGAGGGCAAACCCUCUGAGAGGAGCUGAUUGCAGCCAUUGGUGCCUUCCUGGCCUCCCUGAUACUUGGAACCAAUUGUUCUACACUGCCCUCUUCUUUUAGGCGCCUAUCUUACACUGCUGUUUAGCAUUUCCUUAUUGAUUUGAACUUCUAAUUAGUCGGACUGAUAUUGCUUCGGAUUAGUGACUAUUAGCUUAGAGAGGCGCAUGGUCAAUUGCAGUUGCAACCAUGGCCCCUUCUCCUCUUCGGCAUUACAAGUUAGCUGUUGGGUGAAAAGUAUUCAACGGCAAAGAGAGUAGCAUUAAUUCCUUCUAACUCCAUUUGUCCAACAGUAUGUAAUCGCAUUAUUUCCCGCUUGGAAAGUGAAAAUUACCUUCUUCUGGUAAAGUCAUGUAUUCAUUUACCCUCUCUCUCGAUAUACCAUGAAGUCGAC